UAUUGUGAAUUGUGGAAAAUAAGAUUAUCCAUUUUUGAGCUUUAUAUUUCUGACACACAAAAAUGUCGAUUCUUAUGUAUCGAUAUUCUUAUCGACUUUACUUUUUGAGUCGAUAUUUUAUCUUAUAUCGAUAUACCGAACUCAAGUCUGAAGUCUGAUGAAAUUACCAGCAGAUGCCUGUAGUAGUACUAUUUCUGAUUCCUGUGAAAUAAAAAAAAAUUAAAUUUUUUCGCUUGGUUUUUAUUUUAUACAUAAAAAGUAUAUGGCAGGAAAAUAACAUAUGAAUUGAUAUAUGUAGUUAUGUAUCAGAAAUUAGUACCGUUAAAAAGUUUUUAGGUUAUAAAGAAUUAAUUUACCAAAAAAAUAUGGAAAGAAAUCAACAGAUCAAUACAAUCGCCCAUUUCAGAAAAAAUCAUCAUACGAAACAGUGUAUGCUGAACUUCGCUAUCAGAACUAACAUUCUAGGACUAAGUGUAUCCGAGGAAAUUAAAAUUUCUUUGGAUAAAUCUGAAAAAAUUUUCAAUUUGAUAUCACGUAUACAACAGGAACUGAAAAAUUUAUUAAAAACUAAAUUCAACAGAUAUGUUGAAGAUAUCUAUGUGUCUUUUAAAAUAGGUAAAAAACAUGUAAAUGGUAAAAUUUUGUUGGACAACUUUCCAACUCCUGGGAGAAACCCUAUUAUCCUACAAGUAUUUGACCAGAAGCAUGUGGUUUCUUUUAAUGAUCCUCUUAUCAUAGACAUGAGUCUACCGCCAGUAGUAUUCGCAGAGUGCAGUAUUCAACCCGCUACAUUUGUAACUAUUUUUACUAACAACAAACUCUCUGAAUACACUUGGUACAAAUCAUUAGAUCAAGUUGAGUGGAUAAAAUGUGGUACAGGCUAUGAAUACAAAGUGAAGUUGGAAGAUGUUGAUCAUUAUUUGAAAUUGGUUUGCAUUCCCGUAGAAAACAGAAAGAGAGGACCAAUGGCAGAAGCCGCCUCACAAUCAAAAGUUCAAUAUAUGAAAGAUUUUUCAACUUUUCCCUUUCACAAAAGGCAUGAAUUUACUAAAAGUUAUUUGCAGGAUUUCACAUUCAGAGUUGUCUCAUAUAAUACUCCUUCCAAACGAUACACCCAGAUGGAUGAAAAGUACAGUUACUGUGAUCCAACAUUUCUAUCAAUUGACUACCGAACAUUAGUAUUAUUCAAAGAAUUAUUAGGCUUCAAAGCGGACAUAAUUUGUUUACAAGAAAUACACAAGAAAAUUUAUAAAAAUUACUUCAGAAGGCAGUUCCAGAUUAAUGGAUACUAUUGUUAUUAUAAUAGCAGUCAAGUUUCAGAAGGUUUUGGCUUGUUCAUUAGGCAGUGGAAUUUCAGACAUGUGCAUUCAAUGCAUGUACAGUUUGGCCAAGAAGUCCAAAGUAACCCUAAUUAUUCAUAUAUAUGGGAUCUGAUCAAAAGAAAUGAAGAUCUCAAAAAUGAAUUUGUGAAAAUGCCGACUUCUCUUCAAGUAACCGUACUCAGACAUUGGAAAAAGAAGUAUUAUGUGAUUGUUGGCAAUACUCAUUUUACCGAUAAGCCAGAGUCAAAUCAUUUGAGGUUAUUGCACAUCAACAUGACUACAAGCUAUAUGGAAACUUUGAAGAGAACUUAUGAAGAGAAUGGUGCCAAGGUAGCUGUGAUACUAUGCGGUAAUUUCAAUAGCCAACCUGAUCAGUCGUUAUAUGAAUAUGUAACGAAAGGAAUGAUCGAUCCAGCUCAUGAGGAUUGCUUGAAAGUCAGUGAAAAUGGAAUGAUAGCAAUGUAUCACUGUUUGGGAAUGGAAAGUGCCUGCGGAACUCCAAAGUUCACAAAUUAUACGAAAGAUUUCAAAGGUUGUUUGGACUACAUAUUUAUUGAAAGUGAAAAGUUGAAGGUCCGGCAGGUGAUUCCAAUGACAGAGGAAGAAGAGUUAGCCAAGCACGAGGGCCUGCCAAAUGAAUACUUUCCGUCAGAUCACCUUCCCUUAGUGGUGGAUUUGAAAUUCAAAUUGGGGCCGUGGGAAUUGGAUUGAAAGUUACAUGAAUAUUGUCAUCUGAUCUAUUGCUGUGGUAUUCUAGUUGUGCCGUAAAUUAUUAUUGUUAAUCAAGAGGUGUUCUAUUUUUGAUAUCAAUUUUCUGUAAUGAAUAUUAAUGUGUUUACAUUUUUGUAUGUCCCUUAGUAGUUGAUUUGAAAUUCAAAUCGGCGCAUUUGGGUUAAAAACCAUUAUAUUGUCGUCUGAUCUAUUACUGUGAUAUUCUAGUUGUGCCUUAAAUCGUUAUGGUUGAUCAUUAGGUGUUCUAUUUUUGAUAUAAAUUUUCUGUAAUGAAUAUUAAUGUGUUUACAUUUUUAUAUGUCCCUUAAUAGUUGAUUUGAAAUAAAAUCGGCGCAUUUGGGUUGAAAGUUACCAUUAUAUUGCCGUCUGAUCUAUUGCUGUGAUAUUAUAGUUGUGUCUUAAAUCGUUAAUCAUUAUAUGUUCUAUUUUUCAUAUCCAUUUUCUGUAAUAAAUAUUAAUGUCUUUACAUGUU